GUGAGAACAAAAGACAGCAUGAAAUCUGACACACAGUGAAGUUUGUUUAAUACAUGUCAGCAUGAAAAUAGGUCUUCAAUACCUUUUGGAAAUAUUCAAGAGGAACUAAAUAUCAAGUAUUUCAUUUUGAAUAAAAUGGUGUAGCUUUAUUUACUCAGGACGUGAAGGAUCCACCUCUUUGAAGUAAAUGAUAAAUGUCUUUUAGCUAAAUGCGAAUCAUUGAGUUGUAUUACUGCUGGUUACCUGCAAUUUCUUCAUUAUAUUUAAGAGAUUAUGGUCGAUUCUGAUUUUCCUUAGGAACUAGAAAGCUAUGAAAAAGAACCUGUCACCUUACCGAUGUCUUCUGCCUCUGCUUUUUUCUCACAUUAAAUGUCACACCGAUGUUUCAGAUCAUCAAACUAAUUUUUAUAUUAUAAGAUAACUGAAAUAACUACAAAAAGCAGAUUUCAAAUUAGGAUUUUAUUUGUUAAAUUAAAUAAUAUCUAAACCACCCAAGCCCAAUGUGAAAAUAUUAUUAAAUUAAACCACCCCUGUGAUUAACUUUUUUUUCUGUUUAGUUUCAGCAGCCACACCUACAUCUGAUAACUGCUUGAACUGAAAAUCAACAAAUAAUUUAAAUAGAACCUGUCAAAGAACAAGAAGUAGGCUAAAAUAUCUUGAAAGGCAACACAUCUACAGAAUCUACAGAAAUUCAAGAUCAAUAUCUAGUGCACCCCAGGCCUUACUUGCCUCAGUUAAGGUCAGAGUUCAUGAGAAAGAGACUAUGCAAAAAUUGUAUACUAAAACCACUGCUGACCAAAGAAUCCCACAAAGACUCAUCUCACAUUUAGAAAGAACACUGUGAAGAUCUCCAAGACUGAAUAUUCUGUGAACUGAUAAGAGAAAAGUAGGAGGAAUGUGUUCUGUUAAAUCUGACAUAAAACUAACACUACAUUUCAGAAUUAUUAUUAGAGUUAAAAACAUUAUUCUGGAAGUUGAACAUGGUGGUGGUCAGCGGCUGUUUUGCUGUUUCAGGCCCCGGAUGACUUAUCAUAAUUGAUGGAACCAGGAUUUCUGCUCUCAAGCAGAAAAUCCUGAAGGAAAAUGUGUGACCAUUAGUUUGUGACCUUCUGCUCAGGCAUACGUCAUAAUCUGUCUGUGUUUGAGGUUCUGAGUUCUACCAUGUUCUUCACUUGCUUUAUUUCAGUUCAUUCAGGUUAAUUAGAUCUAUUCUGGUGUUUAGGUUUUUGUUAAUUUCCUGGAUUCCUAGGUUAGAUAUUUUAUUUUCCUUUUAGAUCUGUUUCUCCCUGUUAGUGUUCUUUAGUUGCAUCCAUUGUUUACUUAUUUCUGUCCACCUCGAAAGGUAAUACCAGGUACUAAAUUAAAACAAUUCAAAUGUAUAGCUUAGAUUCCAUUAAUAUAUCAAAUCAAUACUUGAAAACUACAUUUUGUAUUAACGUGGGUUGUUUUUGUUGGAUUUUAAAGUUUGCUUGAUGAUCUAAAAAAAUCUAAGAGUGGCAAAAAAGCAAGAAGGAAAAUCUAUAUAGGGGGCAAAUUUCACAGUGCUAGAUUUAUGAAGACUAUUUCAAUAAAGUACAAGAAAGUCCGUCUCCUUGGAAACAAACCAUAAAGAAAUAAAGGACUCAAGACUUUUGCAAGUUACUGCAUGAUCUUUUUCCUGAAUGUUUGAUUGUCAAAAGCACAUUUUAACAAGCAAGUAAAGCAUUACAUGCCGAGAAUUAAUUUUUAUUCUGUUUUUAGAGCAGAAAUGGAUUUGAUGCAAAAAUCGCCACAGCAAGCAGGUCAUUUGAGACUUAACAACCCUCAGACAGCUGUAGAUUGGUCAUCUGCCUUCGUUUUCAAACUCAAUCCUUCGUAUGCAUGGUUAAUGAUGAGAAGACAAAACAAAAGGCAAGAUAUAUUAUGUAUUUCACUCUAUAAAGUCCAAGAGUCGACGUGAGAAAGAAGAUCUGAGGAAGUCACCUCUAGUCACACACACCAGAUAUCUUUGCUAGUGUUGGAGGGGGAUGAUGACAGCCUCAAGUCAAAGCAGAUGAAAAAAAGAUUGUUUUUGCUACAAUUGAUGGUUGGCGAUGUAACCUUAGCAACACGGAUUGAGGCCCUUGGAUGCUGCAGUCCAAAGGACGGUUUUAUUUUAGCUUGACAGCUCUUGCUGGAUUUAUAAAAGAAAUCGCCUAAAACAAAGAGCAGGCUGUGCUCUUGUUUGAUGUUUGCAGAUAGAGCGAUAAAGAGAGUAAACAGGCACCACAGGAAGCUUCACAUCGAGGGUUUGUUUCAUCUCUUUAGCCAUUUAUAUCUUUUAGUGCUUUUGUGUGGGUUUUUUUUUUUAUUCCUGCAACACAAAUGCUAAUUAUGCAGCUUGAGAUUUUGCUCUGUGUUGGUAAAUUAUUGAGAUCAAGUGCAUAUUAAUUCAUUGCAAAGAGCUUUAUUUAAAAGCUCUAGAUUAAAACAAACCCCAUUUUCACAGCAUAUUCUCAUAGCGCUUAAUUAUCAGCUAACAUAUUAUUAUUAUGUUAAGCUGCAAAAGCUGACAUUUCUUCCAGUUUAAAACUGUUUUAACAGUAGGGAAGAUGUACUUUAAAACACUGUUUUCCCACAUGGUCCUGCAUGUAAAAAUGUUUUAUGGAUCAUCAGGAAAAUUAAGGAUGAGAGGUUUAGUUGCACUGAAAAAGCCUUUGCUUUUAGUGCCAGGAAGGUCUCCUCCUGAGGAGCGCACCACACGCAGUGGCCUUUAAAGUGUAGGCCAAUGUCAGAAUAUUAAGUUUUAACCUUGUUCAAUGCCCACUUCAGACGGUGCUGAGAAUUGAAACCCCUAUUCAUCAUUUGCUUUCCGACAGACACCUGUACAUUUUGGAUUAAAACUGACAGGAAUUUUGGACUAUUUACAUUUUUGUCCACCGUGACAAAAAACCCAGUUCUACAUGAAGAAGACUAACUCCAGAACAUGAUGCUGCCGCCACCAUUUUUCACUGUGGGCACCGUAACACAUUAUCCCAAAGUUUUUAGAAGACUUAAGACCGGCUUAGAUGUCUUAUUUGAAAGAAACGUUCUUUCUAGUCACCUGACGUCACAGUCCAGACCUAUGGAAAGCAGGAUAUUGUUGUCACAUGAACAAAACCAACAAUUGUCAGAAAUUCCCAACGCUCCUUCAAUGUUGCUGUCUGCCGCUUGGUGGCCUCCCUGAUCUGUUUUAGUCUUGUCUUUUCCUCCAGUUUGGAGAAACAUCAAGUUUCUGUAAUGGCAUGGGCAACAUUUUCUCAAAUUAUUAUCGACUGCCUUCUUAGUGGCAUUGUGUAUAAAAUGCUGUAUAUUUUGUACCAUUGUCCUAAUUGAUACCUUUCUCUGAUCCAUUAAAACCUCUAUGCAGAUAAUGGCUUUAUGAUGUAAAUGAGCAAAUGUCAAGAAGGUCCAGCAAGGACAGCUGACCUUUAUUUCAUCAGAUUUACCAUAAUUGAUCUUAAGUGUUAGCUCAAGAAGACUGAAUAAAAAGGUGCUUCAACAAAGUGUGAGUGGUAGAGGGUGUACUCACUUAUGCAACAUUGUUACUGCAGCUUUUUAUUUUCUUUAUCUUAAUAAAUUUGUUAGACUUUUAAUUGAAUUUUAAAGAAUAAAUGUCACAUAUGUGUAAAUGGUUUCUAAAUUAUUUAUCACAGUGAAAUUUUCUACAUAAUACAAAAACCUCUCAUGUUAACAGGGGUGCAUACCCUUUCUGAAAGCUACUGUCAUGCCACCAAUCUAGUCCAAUCCAGCCUUAUUUAUAAAGCACUUAUAAAGCAGUUAUCACAAGGAACAAAGUGCUGCAGAGAAAACAUGAGGCAUUAAAAUUCCAAAAAGCCAAUUACACAGACACAAAAGAAUUGUUACAUACUAAAAAAGAAAACGUAAAAUACUAAAAAGCAUAAAAUACUGAAGACAAAACAAAAUAUAAAAUACUAAAAAGAAAAAUGUGAAAUACUAAUUAAACAUACUUUAAAAAAAAUAGCGCAGGGCUUGCUUGAAACUGGCAGCAGGGAGAUGUCAUUAUUUCUGCUCCAACAGUGAAGACGUUUGGAUAACGACCUUGUAUAGCUACUCACAGUUUUAUCCAAAAUCACUGCCUUUCAUGAGAAGUGAAAUGAAAUCUUUGUCCAAAAACAAUUUACGGAUGAUCUGAGAAUUAUCCAGCAUGAUGGAAUACAAUUUUACAAGGCAAAUGUUAUAAAGAAGUGCUUCAAAUAUUAAAAGGUCAUAGUUUUGGUGCCAUGGUGAAGAAAUCUUUCUUUUCUUACAAAGAAAAUGCUUUAAAUGUCAACUUUUUAUAUAAAUUGAAUGUGUUUUCUAAUGAAAAUCUUUAAAACUUAGGUGUUUCUGAUUGCUCAACAAAUAGCCUUUCGAAAACUCUAAGAACACCAAGAUUACAAAAUAGAACAUUUUGUCAGAUAAAAAAAAUAUAUAAAAAUUUAUAGUGUACCGAGUGCAGGCCUGGUUAGGAACAAAUCAAAAUAUACCUAAUUUGUUCAAUGGUUAAUCUCAAAAAGUUUGAUUUAAUCUCAUAUUUUCCUUCAUAAGACCAUGUUGCUAAAAUCGCUUCAGAAAAGGCUACAUUGACUUUUUGUUAUCCAUAAAAUCUGAGUAGAAGGCUCUAAAAAAGUACAAUUUAUACAACUGUAAUAUAAUCCUCCUGACACCAAAUAUCAGAGAGAUAUUAAAGCAGUGACAGGACUGAAGUUUAGAGCACAGGAAUCAGGGCUUUAUUAUUCCUAGAACUAUGAUUACAUAACAGCUAAAUAUGUCCUGUAAUGUAACGAAAGCCACUUAGAGGUACUAACAUUUUUUUCCUCAACCUUUGAAUUUUUCUAAGCACUUUUCAUUCAUUCAUUUCUAUAUGGUCGGGCAGUUGCGAAACCCACCAGCAGGGGGCAGAAAAAGAAGCAAAUUUAUAUGCUAGUUUAUAUCAACAGCUGAGAUGAUCUGUUACUGGGAAAAACGCCCAGUUUCUGUCACAAACACGUACCCAGUGAGUUAUCCCUACUGUCUGUGUGUGUGAUUAUGAAGAAAACAACAAUCUCUUCACUAUCUAAAAAUAACUGUCUCAUACAGCAAACCCACUGCAGGUGUGUGAGGAUUCAGCUCAUCAGAAAAUGUUGGACUUGCUGGUAAAAUUGCUUUAAACUGCCAAGAAAGAGAGAAAAAACAACACCUACAAGUGUGAUCGGUGUUGGCAGCUCUGCUCACAACAUACAACUCUUCAGAGCAUGCAGCACGUCAGAAGAAGAGCAUCUCAAAGUACAUGUUGUGCAUUUUAUCUCUCUUUUAGAUGGCUCUGUUUUGCAUUAACUGUUACAUGUGCAAUGCCACUUCUUCCAAAAGCAUCUAAUUUAAAACCUGUGCUGCUUUUCUGUCUUGUAAGAUACUUUCCAGGAUGCUGAAACAAUCUUGAGGCAGUUCAUUGUUUGGAAGAAGCACGCGAUGAUGAUGAUGAAGACAGCAGCUCUGCACAGCUCAGAACCCAUAAGACUAUUUGAAAACAGUGAUUAGAGGAUGCACCUUAGGUUGAGUGCUGUGUUGCUCUUGGCAGCUGUGAUCCUCAGCUGUUCUUCAUUGGCCACAAACGUAUUGUGGGAGGACUGGAAAAAUCAACAUGGCAAAGUUUAUGAUAAUCAAACUGAGCUGAUCUUCAGAAGAACAGUGUGGGACAAAAACCUGCUUAUGUUGCUGAGACACAACCAGGAGGCUUCAGCAGGAAAACACAGCUUCAUUCUGGGACUGAACCACCUAGCUGACAUGACAGCGGAGGAGAUCAAUGAGAGGCUGAACGGUUUGAAGAUGGAGGAGCCGCUUCAUCUCAGAAAUGACACCUUUAUGGACAUGAAUGACUUAUCACUUCCUACUAGUGUUGAUUGGAGGAUAAGCGGGCUGGUCGGUCCUGUCAGAAACCAGGGUUUAUGUGGCUCUUGCUGGGCUUUCAGCUCUCUUGGAGCUCUUGAGGGGCAGAUGAAGAAGAGAAAAGGCAGCCUCGUUAUGCUGAGUCCACAGAACCUAGUGGACUGCGGCACUAAGGAGGGAAACCUCGGCUGCACAGGAGGAUACAUCACGAAGGCCUACAGCUACAUCAUCCACAACGGAGGUGUCGACUCGGAGAACUCAUACCCCUACGAGCACCAGAACGGAAAAUGCCGCUACUCGCUAAAAGGCAGGGCUGCCUACUGCUCCAGCUUUCACGUCCUUCCACAAGGAGAUGAGUUGGCUUUGCAGGCUGCAGUGGCAUCAGUUGGACCAGUUGCUGUAGCUGUUAACGCCAUGCUGCCCUCCUUCCAUAUGUACAAAGGAGGUUUAUACAACGCGCCUGACUGUAACCCAAAGUUAAUAAAUCACGCUGCUCUGGUUGUGGGCUACGGCGCAGACAAAGGACAGGACUACUGGCUUGUGAAAAACAGCUGGGGAACGGAGUGGGGAGAAGGAGGCUUUAUCCGGAUAGCAAGGAACAAGAAAAACCUCUGUGGUAUUGCGACAUUAGCAGUCUACCCAAUGCUGUGAAGUCAACUUAGAUUUCUUUGUUGUUUUUUUAAACAAACACACUGUGCUGUCAGAGCACUACGCGAUUAACAGGGUUUACUAAAGACACACUGUUGGUCAAAGAGGUUCUAGAGGCCCAAUAUAAUAAGAUAUUUUGUGAGCUUUAUGGGGGCUGAGCGUUGGCGCAGUUGGUAGUACUGUUGCCUUGCAGCAAGAAGGGUUCGAAUAUCAGCCCGGGGUCUUUUAGCAUGGAGUUUACAUGUUGUCCACGUUCAUGUGCGGAUUCUCUUCAGGUACUCUGACUGCCUUCCACUGUCCAACUACUUGUUAGGUGAAGUGGUCUCUCUAAAUUGCCCUUAGGUAUGAGUUUGUGUAUCAGUGUGUCUGCAUGGUUGUGUGUCUCUGUGUUGCCCUGUGAUGGACUGUUGAAAACUAGAAUAUUACAUAAGAUCAAUAAAAAAAUAUAUUUUAAACAGAAAUAUCAGGCUUCUAAUGUAUGUUAAUUUCUAUACACUCAAUACUUUGUUGGGCCUCCAUUUGCAUGAAUUACUGCAUCAAUGUGGCGG